UUAAGUUUAUAGAAAUGUCCAAAACCUAUUUUGUAAAGAUCUGAAAUUUUAAAAACCUGCUGCAUGAUUCAAGGAAAAAAAAAAGUGCAUCAUCAUCUAGGAUUAAAAAGCUAAAGCACAUUUCCAGAGUGGAAGUUUGAUUCUGGUACAAGUGAUGUUGUGUGAAGGGAGACUGCUGAGCAUGACCUACGGUGAGAUGGAGGAGACGGACUCGCCACCUCCUCCUCAGACUUCCCAUUGUGCUGGUGGGCGACCUAGAACCUCCCUAACCUCCGACCCCGCUCCGCUCGUUUCCUACAGCUCCUUCAAGGAAACGGGAGACACGGAAAGCCUGAAGGCUUCAGUCGACCUGUACAUCUCUCCCCUUUCAACCUCAUCAUAUCUCCAGGGAGUCUAUGUUGGGAGGCAAAUAUCUGCAGACAUGGAAAUUCCUGCCCAACCUCACCCUGAUGGGGGUAACACCGCCCUCGUGAUUCCCUCCUUCUGCCAGACCAUCUAUGAAAACUACAGCGACCUCCACAUCGGAGGGGAGCAGGUGUUGCCUCUGUCAGCCAACGACGCCGAUUUGAGGGUAUGUGCUGAAGCACAGGCUGUGAGGCCGUUCUUACAGUCCUGCGAUGUCCCACCUGCAGUGGAGGACUCUCCUCCAGGACAGCGAGGUCUGCAGAAUCUGCUCAGGAGGGGAUCCAACCACUGGAGACAGGCGAGCGGCCACGAUCGCAGCUUCUUGUUUCAGGGUCGCGAGGGUCCCUUCUCCAAUUCCCUUCUGAAUCAUUACCUGGAGCAGAAGCUCUUGGAUCUGUACCAGCAGUACAUGAUGGAGAACAUGGCGAGGGAGGGAGCUCCCGGUCCAGAUGACGGUGCCAUUUGCCCAUUGCUGGGCUCAGAGCUUGUUCUGUCCAGCAUUGACCAGAUCACCCAACAGCUCAGCCGGGAGGGAAACCUGGAGGCCGGUCUGGCCAAGGACAUGAUUCUGAGCUGCUUGCUGAGGGUGGCCAGCGACCUGCAGUCGGGUGAGAUCAGCACGCCUUGCCUGCAGAUUUCAACCGGGGAGCAGCUCACAGAGAGCACACAAGAAUAACCACAAAGCUAAAAAGCUGCCUUUCUGUUCUCCUUUACAACUAAGUUUGAUUAUUGCUAUUCUGGAGAGUGAAAACCUAGAAUAGACGUAGAUAAGCAGCUUUCCAUGUGUUGCUUUUGUCUUUCUAACUGUCAAUAA